AUGGCCCUUAUAUCAGGGGAUGCUAUGUUCAGUGGUCCUAUAUCAGGGGAUGCUAUGUUCAUUGGCCAUAUAUCAGGGGAUGCUAUGUUCAGUGGCCAUAUAUCAGGGGAUGUUAUGUUCAGUGAUUCUGUAUCAGGGGAUGAUAUGUUCAGUGGUCCUAUAUCAGUUGAUGCUAUGUUCAUUGGCCCCAUAUCAGCGGAUGCUAUGUUCAUUGGCCCUAUAUCAGCGGAUGCUAUGUUCAGUGGCCCUAUAUCAGGGGAUGCUAUGUUCAGUGGCCAUAUAUCAGGGGAUGCUAUGUUCAGUGGCCAUAUAUCAGGGGAUGCUAUGUUCAGUGAUUCUAUAUCAGGGGAUGCUAUGUUCAUUGGCCAUAUAUCAGGGGAUGCUAUGUUCAUUGGCCAUAUAUCAGGGGAUGCUAUGUUCAGUGGCCAUAUAUCAGAGGAUGCUAUGUUCAGUGGUCCUAUAUCAGAGGAUGCUAUGUUCAGUGGUCCUAUAUCAGGGGAUGCUAUGUUCAUUGGCCCUAUAUCAGAGGAUGCUAUGUUCAGUGGCCCUAUAUUAGAGGAUGAUGCAUUCAGUAGUCCUAUAUUAGAACUUUAA